CUCGGAAAUAUACAGAGGAAAACGCAAGCCGCUAAAACUUCGAAAGUUCGAAGAGGGGGAGCAGAAGGCGGCGAAGCAAAUGGCGGAGGCCCCGACCCCGAGCAAAAUCGAAUCCGCGCGGAAGUGGAUCGUCGAUCACAAGCUCCGAGCCGUAGGUUCCCUGUGGCUGACUGGUAUCGGCAGCUCGAUAGCCUAUAACUGGUCGAGGCCCAAUAUGAAGACCAGCGUCAAGCUCAUCCACGCAAGGAUGCAUGCGCAGGCUCUUACGCUGGCUGCCAUAGCUUGUUCUGGAUUAGUAGAGUACUAUGAUAAAGAGUAUGGCUCUUCUGGACCGAAGGUGGAUCGAUACACAAGACAAUAUGUCGCACACUCGCAUAAAGAUUAAAGAUCUUCAUGCUACAUGUUGGUUACUUUGAUUAGUUUUAGGUUCUUUUGUGGGCGACAUGAACCUGUUCUCUCGAGCCGCCAUUACUACAGAAUGAAAUGAUACUUGCCAGGAUUUUCCUGAGCAAUGAGGGCAUAAUACAGAUAUGGUCUGCAUAACUUGAACCACAAAAUGCAGCAUGCAACUUACUUUGUUCGCAAUCUUGGGGUUAUUAUUAUUACCAUUCUUUUUCUGGUAAUAUAAGUUUGAUGUUGCACUGAAUUA